CAGCUCCCGCCGGGCCGCCUCCCCGCGCGCCGCUCCCCUAGGCGGGGCGGCGCCGGAGCGCGGAGUGACAGCAGCGGCCGCGGCGGCGGUGAGCGCGCCGGGCACCCUACUCCACGGCCGCUCCUCGGCGGGGAGCCGGCCCCCCGCGCCCCCCCGGGUCCUGCUUCACCGCCGCCACGAUGAAGCCGUGCGAGGAGGAGGAAGAGGAUGGCGGAGCGGCGGCGGCCGGUGGUGGCGGGGAUCCCUGGAAGGAGUGCGUGGAGGUGGCGGUGCAGCUGGCGCUCCGCGCUGGGCAGAUUAUUAGGAAAGCUCUAACAGAGGAGAAACAAGUGUCCACAAAGACAUCUGCAGCAGAUCUUGUGACAGAAACUGAUCACUUUGUGGAAAAUCUAAUUAUUUCUGUUCUAAAAGAGAAGUUUCCCUCCCACAGGUUUAUUGCAGAAGAAUCCACUGCUGCUGGUUCAAAAUGCGUCCUCACUGACAGUCCAACGUGGAUUAUUGACCCUGUUGAUGGAACGUGCAACUUUGUGCACAGAUUUCCAACAGUGGCAGUGAGCAUUGGGUUUGCUGUUAACAAAGAGCUUGAAUUUGGUGUAAUUUACCACUGCACUGAAGAACGGUUAUACACUGGUAGAAGAGGUCAAGGGGCAUUUUGUAAUGACAAAAGGCUUCAGGUAUCAAAAGAGACAGAUAUCUCGAAGGCCUUAAUUUUAACAGAAAUUGGUCCAAAACGUGACCCUGCAACUUUGAAACUGUUCCUUGGUAACAUUGAGAGACUGCUGAAGGCCCAAGCACACGGGGUCCGUGUCAUUGGGAGCUCAACCCUGGCUCUGUGCCAUCUGGCGUCGGGCGCUGCAGAUGCCUAUUACCAGUUUGGGUUGCACUGCUGGGACAUGGCAGCUGCGACCGUCAUUAUCAGAGAGGCAGGAGGCACUGUGAUAGACACUUCAGGGGGACCUUUGGAUCUUAUGUCCUGCCGAGUGGUCGCUGCGGGCACCAGAGAGAUGGCUAUGUUCAUAGCUCAGGAAUUACAAACUAUUGACUACAGACGGGAUGAUGAGAAUUAAAAUCCUCACAGGAUGGAGUCUGCCCUCCUGAACUAUGGCAAGAUGGGUGGAAGGGUACGUGAUGUCAGCAGGAUGCUUUCCAUGGAGGCUUUUCUGUGUCAAAUAUUUUUUAUAGAUUUGUUACAAGGUGGGAAGAGUUGUAGGGAGAUUUUUAAACCUCUAACAGCUGUGUUCCCUUUUUACUAUGUUUCUCUUUCAGCAGUAUCUUUUUUAUAAGAUAGCCUAUUUUACUGGUAGUAAAUUAGUCUGGAGAUCAAGUGGUAAUUUCUUAUCUGUGAGGCUGAUAUUUAGUCUUGUUUUUGUAACAUGCAGCUAAAAAAAUGGAACUUUAUUUUUACAGAUGCAGAUCUCAGGUAAAUGAGCUUUAGGACUGUAGUCAGGAUGAGUAGUUAAGACGUGUGCCUAUAAUACCCUUGUUCUAUGAUACUUCAGAAUGCAAUAAACAUGACUUUGUUGUUUCUUUACCAUGUCAUAGCUAUAUGUCCCUGUAUAUGUCCCGAUACAUAGAUGUAUGUCUGUGUGCAUUACACCUGUACAUCUCUAUGCAUGUAUACACACACAGACCCAUGUGUGUCUCUUCUAUAUAUGGGUAUCCUAGAUGUUUACAGCAAUUUAGAAGGAGGAGCUGAUAUUGGAAGUUGUUUUCAGGUAAAGAGUAUAGGUUACAUCGGUGGUUACAGUGAGGUCUAUGCCAAUGGCAAAUAACAGAGACGAUGGUGGAAAAUGGUUAAUGAUUUUACACACAGCCCAGCUAGUUCUCGUCUCCUUUUAUCCCUCUGCCUGGGGACAAAUUGUACAGUUGUCCAGGCUUCUGUAAAAUACUCAAACCUGCGAACACUUACUACCAUAGAGUAAUUAUAGUUAAAAAAUAGCACUAUUAAACUUCUCUGAGCUAUUCACAGUAUUAAAUAUGACACGUGGCAGGAGGCCAGCGGAACAUAGCACAGUGCCAAGGAGCUGUGGAUUUUUUAGCAGAGCAGCAGGCUUUGUCCCCUUACAGGCAAGGUACUAAAAAUGUGCACAUAAGAUACCAUUGCAAAAGCUGUAAAUCACAUCCCCUUCUCACACAAAGCUGUAAUCACACUUUCUGGUCAGAAAAACCUGUAAACUCAGUUACAUACAUUUCCACAACACACGGUUGUUCUCUCUCUUUGUGUCUAGCACUGGGUUUAAUUCCACCAAGGUUGAUCAUUGUCAUUUAGAUUUUUUUUUUUAAUCAUAAGCACAGGGAAAAUACAAGCCUUGCCAGAAAAGUAAUCAAGAUUAAAUCAGUUCUAUUUUUUUCCAUUUAAAAAAAUGAAUUAAAAAGUAUCUUCUUCCUUUCUUUUCUUUUUUU